AUGGCAGAAGUAGCAGCAGGCGCAUUCGUAGCAGCAGAAGUCGUCGAGCAUACGGCAGAAGCAGGUUACGCAGCUUACCUUGUAUCCAAGCCAACCCUACCUCUCAAAGUAACGUUUACGCGUAUAGCUACAGCCAAAGGCGACUCUUCAGAACGCUCCUUGGCCCGCUCCAACCAUACAGUCACGGUAAUCGGCAACAAAGCAUACAUCUUCGGUGGCGACACGGCAGGUAAUGUUCUCGCCAGCAACGACGUCCAUGCCGUCACUCUGGAGAAGUCUGGGAAACCAGAGAUGGACUACAGCAUGAUUCCAGCACUGUCCGACUCUAAGAAUAAGAAGACACCACUGGCGAGAUCCAACCAUGCAGCGUGUGCUUUCCACGGCAACGUCGCAGUGUAUGGUGGUAGCGAUUCAAACGGGGAACUCAUCGACGAGAAGUCUUCGGUGUGGCUGUUCAGCCCAGAAAGAAAGACGUGGGAUAUCGUUGAGUCAUCGCAGAGCAAUGAUAUUACCACUGGCCCCGGACCCCGUCGUAACGCGUACCUAUUUGCACAUGCGCAGUACCUGAUCCUAUUCGGUGGCAUCGACAGCUCAGGCGCCCACGCAUCCGAUCUCUGGCAGUUCGACGUUGCCGCGCGCUCCUGGACUCAGCUGCCCACCGCGCCAGCCGCAACAUCAAACGCAGCGCUUGCAAACGGGCAGCUAUGGCUGGUAUCCGGUACCGACGCGCUGAGCAGCCAGCUACACCACAUGAGCCUGAGUUCGUCCACCGAAGAAAAGAAAUGGAUCUCCUCCACUUUCCCGACGAACCCCCUCGCCCCAGGUCCGCGAGCCCGCCACAACGGCGCUUUACUCCCCGUAACCACGGGCUGGGGCCGCAAUUACCUCGUGCAUGUGCUGGGCGCCCGCGACUCCUCCUCUGCCUCAGACUCUGCUUCAGAUGUGCCCAGCACCACGGACCCAGAAGAUGCAAGCCACUCGCGCGACAUAACACAAUACAGCGAUACCUGGGCGCUCCAACUUCCCUCGAGCGACGUAGACCCCAAACCCGCUGCAACACUCAAACAAGCCGUCCACCCCGCGAAGCUCAAAGACGCCGUUCGAUCAGUCUUUGGCGCCGAAACAGGCCAUCUCUCGUGGGCCGAAGCCGUGGUGCAAGUGCCGGGGGACCAGCAGCUCGACGAGCAGUUGGAGGGCACCGGAAAGCUUCAUCCAGGCCCGCGCGCCUUUUUUGGCGCCGAUGUCGUGGAGGCAGGGCACAGCGUGGUGUUUUGGGGUGGGCUGGAUGCCAAGGGCGAGAGGGUGGGCGAUGGCUGGAUUGCGCAGUUCGAGUAGGUAAUGUAUUUACGUUUUGGUCUGAGACAAGUUCUGCU